UAUUGGUGGUCAUGUUGUGGGGGUUGAUGGGCAUGAGAUGGAUGAUGACAGUGAUAUAGUUGUGGAUGACGGGGCUAGUGAUGAAUGCAGAGUGGUAGAUGACAAAGAGGUAAAUGACGAAGAGGUAGAUGACCAAGAGGUAAAUGACGAAGAGGUAUAUGACGAAGAGAUGGACAACCACGAAGUAUAUGACGAAGAGGUAAAUGACGAAGAGGUAUAUGACGAAAAGGUAGACGACCAAGAGGUUUAUGACGAAGAGGUAGAUGACGAAGAGGUGGAUGAUCUUGGAGAGGUAAAUGACAGCGACAGUGACAUAGUGGUGGAUGGGGAAACCAGUAAAUGACGAAAAAUGUGAAAAACUUGUGGAGAUUAACCAGGUGUGUGACACACUUAGAGUGGUGGAUGGCCAAUUACGUUAUGAAAGUGAAACCAGUGAGGAACUUACAAUAGAAGAAAAAGGGGAUGCCGAUCUCAGAGCAGUGAAUGAAAAAGCAAAUAAAAAUGAGGUGAAUGAAAGUUCUGAUGAAUGGAGUAAACAAGAAGACGAGAAUUUGAUGGAAGGAGUUGAAAAAUAUGGACUUGGAUCAUGGAAUGAUAUACAAGAUGCUUUCCCAUUGCUUGCCCAUAAGGAACCUGAUGCCUGCUAUAACAGAUGGCAGGAGCUAUGUAAGGUUUCAAACCAUGAACUUUCACUGCAACAAGUUUCCACCAAUGAUCAUGGCUCGCCUGUGUAUCGAUUAACUCGUAAAAGACACAUUCGAAAAAUAUUUAGUGAGUGAAUGUACUCUUGCCAUUUUUUUUCCGCUAUUGUUUACAAAAAGUAGUGUAAAAUUUAGUAUUUAGUAUAGUUUUAAGUUUUGUUUCAUUUAAAAACCACUAACUGUGAAGUGUUGCAAAUGGUAAUAACGUUGGCUGUCAAAAAGCUCCAUCUAAAUUAAAAGCAGCUUAUUCAAAUCCAGUGAUAGCUACAACCUCAACUCCUAAACAAUAGUACUAAAACCCCUAUAAUCUCAAACUAUAAGACAAAAUGGGGGAUAAAUAUUAUUUCAAUAUAUUUCAAUACCUAACCCACAACUUUUUUAUGUUUGCUAGCUUUAAAUUUCCCACUGCCAAUUGUUUGCUGCCCAAAAUUAUGUUUUUUGUUCAUAAUCAAGUUCUCUCAGGUUUUUAUUUCUUUACUUUCUAUUCCAAAG